CCUGUUGAUGUCCAAGUUCAAGAAAAGGCCUUGGAAGUGACCAAGGUCUUAAUUCAGACCUGCUAUCCCGAGCAAUCUUCACUGGAAGGAAUAGGCCUGCGUAUUCUGCGCAACUGUUUAGAGAUAUUGAACGAACCGACAACGACCCGUGGACAAGCUGCUAUCAAGGUUAUUGUGACAUUUAUUAGCUGCUCUGUGUUGGAUGCCUUGGUCCCUCAGAUGACAAACUCCUACGAUAAAGAGCCAUCAACCCGUCAAGGAGUCCUGACGGUAUUCGCCGCUGUUUUAGAUGCUAUGAUCCAAGUCAAGCCUUCCUCAGGCACUCCUGACCAUUCGAUUUCUCCCCUAAGAAGCUUCAAGGACGAUUUAUUAAGUCGGUUUAUAUCAGGUCUGGAGUCAGGAAGCACGGCAGAAGCGAAUUUACUCUGCCUACACCGACUCGUUCAGGCCACUAUAUUGAGUGGGGAGGAGCUGAUAUACAUCGCCCAAAACUUAACUAAUGCUCUACUCAACGCCCCCAUGGCCGAGGAUGACCUUACAAUCGAGAUAUUAGCAUUGUUACAACACAUAUCAACCCUUUCACCGAAGACUCUAGAAGACACUACCUUACCUUCGCUCUUCGCCCUCCUCCCUGAUCAGGCUCCCAGUAAGGAUAGAGACGACGAAGAGUAUGUGCGCUGUGUGCAUGCCUUGACAUGUCUCGGGAGUCUUUGUAUUCAAGCCGACCUAUUUUCUAUUCUUGUCGUACGUCUGUUCACCAAAGUCGAACUCUUGAUGGGAGUGGAAUACCAAGAUCAACGGACCACUGAGGCUGCGAUUGGAUACAUACAUGCAUUGCUCAAAACGCUCUAUUCUGCCGUCCUUACCAAACACAAUGCCAGUGAUCCGGAUCUUCCCAAGUACAUAGAGCGUUUCAUACCUCGUGAAGGUGAACUAAAAAGGUUAUAUAGCCGCCAGGAAGUUUGGGCACAAUCGGCCUUCGACGCGUUCUUUAACGGGAAAUUUGAUCUGAUUGCGUUCGAGCAUUCAUCCCGUACAGGACACUCUGGAUAUGAACCCUUGCAGACAUCUCCGACGAAAUCAACAUCUUUUCUGGCGCCGCUUUUUGCCGCUGCGUUGAUUGGGUUGAGGGUAGAGGUCGCGAACAUCAGCGAAUUACUGGACAAAUUAAUUAAUGGGGCCGUGCUCAGUGAAGACUCAAAGGAAAGGGAGGCUCUAACGAACCUGGCUCAAGCACUUGUGGCAUGCAAUCACCCGACAGGCGUGAAAUUAGCGAGCCAACUCCUCGUCUUAUUCAAUGAGAAGAACCUUUCAGGACAUGCAAGUCGAGCCCUUGGAUCGAUACCAAACCUGGGCGACUCUGUACUUAAUCACAAAUACCACGCGAUAAUUAGAGAUUUCCAAACGGAAAUCAUCCCUAAAGAAACAUUUUCUUCCGCGAUCACAGAGGCAUUGGUCGCCAUUAUUGAAGCGAAGGGCGAGACUCAAGGUUUAGCCGUACUUUCCAGUCAUUUGGGGUCGCUCGUCCCCGUAAUCCUUCGCAAUACAUCUACCCAAGGGUCUUCCCAAUCCUACUUACGAUUGAAAAGCAGUGCUCUGCGGCUUUUGGCAGGCAUACCAGACAAAAUGAAGCAAGAAGAUAUUCAACCCUACAAGUCCCGUGUUUUACGAGAGCUACAGACGGCCCUGGACGAUGGCUCCAAGGGCGUCCGUCGGAAUGCAGUUAUUGCACGGUGA